CCGUUUUUCUAUGGCAGGUGGGGUGGCCGCCUUAGCUGCCGGAGGUGCCGCACUCUCUACCGGCCCUGGGUGAAGCACCAACUCUGCUGCGCGCAGCCUGCGGUGCGGGUCAUGGCGCGGCUACCGAAGCUGGCAGUCUUUGAUUUGGAUUACACUCUCUGGCCUUUCUGGGUCGACACGCACGUGGACCCUCCGUUCCAUAAGAGCAGUGAUGGAACUGUACGAGAUAGGCGGGGCCAAGACGUCCGACUGUACCCAGAGGUGCCUGAGGUCCUAAAACGAUUGCAGAGUCUUGGGGUGCCCGGUGCGGCUGCUUCAAGGACAAGUGAGAUAGAAGGGGCCAACCAGCUACUGGAGCUCUUUGACCUCAUCAGGUACUUUGUUCAUCGGGAAAUCUAUCCAGGCAGCAAAGUCACACACUUUGAGAGGUUGCAGCAGAAGACUGGAAUUCCUUUCUCCCAGAUGAUCUUCUUCGAUGAUGAGAGGCGGAAUAUUGUAGACGUCAGCAAACUGGGUACUGAGUGAUAAGCAACAGCCAUUUGGGGUCCCUAGGAGGGAUUAGGUGUUACCUGCAUUCAUAUCCAGAAUGGAAUGAAUCUUCAAACUCUAAGUCAAGGGUUAGAGACAUUUGCAAAGGCCCAAACUGGGCCUUGAGGUCCAGCCUUGAGGAAAGCCCAUUUGAGGCCUAAACUGAAAGGAAAUCAAGAAGACAUUUUCAAGUGCAUUUGUAAUUUAUUAAAGUUCAUCUGUGUGUGACAGUAGAGAUUUUUA